CAUUGUCUGUCUCCGAAAACAAAAUAAAUCCCCAAAUCAGAUUUCUAGGGUUUCUCAGAAAACAAAAAUCUCUCUCAAGUUUUUACUCUCACAGUCUGCAGAUCAGAUCUUGAGAUUUCGAAAAAGUUUUGGUUCAUCUUCUUCGCAGAGAUGACCAAAAGGAAGUCGAGGAGACCUACUCGUCAGUGUAAUCAACCAGCGAUGGACGCCAUUGACGAACCUCCAUCUCCUCCUCGUUCUAAAACCACUCAAGAAGAUGACUCCGUGAGCGAAAAUCAUACUUUAGAAUCACAACAAUCUGAGAAUGUUCAAGAAUCUGAAACCCUAGAUGAAGGGGGAAAACAAGAACGCGAUGAAAACGAAGGUAUGGUUGUUUCUCCUUCACCUUCACAUUCAAAUCAAUGUGUAGAAAUGUCUGAUGAUCAAGAUAGUUCUUAUGUACCUCCUGUACAUGCUAGUAGUACUAGUGUUGGAUUUGACCUAGAAAGUCCUCUACCUGUUGUAUUCAAAAGAGGUCCUGGUCAUAGAAAGAAAGCGUUAAAUCGUAAACAACAAGCCAUGUUAAUCAAGAAGUUUGAAAAGCUUAGGGAUAAUAUGAGUAUAAUUCCGUUUGUUCCUGCAAAGAGACUUGAUUUUGAUAAGCAUGAGGAGAUUCUUAGGAAACUUCAGCUGUGGGAUUUUGUUCAUGUUCAGUUUGAUAAAGAGGUGAAUUUGGAACUGUUGGCGUCGCUUAUUGUGAAUUAUGAUCGUGCUGCGAGGAGUAGUACUGUCAACAGUUAUAAGAUUAUGGUGAAUCGAGCUGAUUUAGCAAGGGCUGUGAAGCUUCCUGUGAAGAAGGUUACUCAGUCGGAUGACAUUGAUGUUGGGGUGUUGUCUGCAGAGUCGGUAUCGUUUUUGGAACAGUUUGUGUCGAAUUGGAUUUUGCUUCAUGAGGAUAUGUGGGCAGUGGCGGAUGAGGUUAUUGCUUGGACUAAACUUAUUAAAGAAGGGAAACCACAGAAGGUUGAUUGGGCAGCGAUGAUUUGGUUUAUGGUAGAGAAGGAACUGGCAAAGGGAGCAAAGUUAAGAACUUGUUAUUAUGCUUCGCAUUUGCAAUGUUUAAUGAAGGCUCAGCGUGGUGAUCUGUUUAAAGAAGAAAAAAGGGUUGAGAUGAAGGUGGAAAGAGAAGUCAGUGUGGAUAUUAAAAUGAAAAAUGUGGAAGAAGUUCAGGUGAAUGAUUUGGAGAAUGAAAAAGAUACAGAAUUAACUCUUGGGAAGGAAAGAAAUGAGAGUAAGCCUCAGCAAGUGAGGGAUGAAGAAGAUGUCAUGGAUAUCGAAGAAGAAGUUAAAGCACCUGCUCAUCCUUCAGAAUGGCCUUUAGAUGGGAAGAAAAAGAUAAUUGGCCUUUCUUUGAGACCAUGCAAUUCGAAUAAACUUGAAAAGUUCGAGGAGCCUUGUGAAAUGAAUGAUGUAGAUGAUGAUGAUGAUGAUGAAGUAGAUGAGGAAGAGGAAGAGGCAGAGGAAGAAACGCAUACAGCAGCAGAAUUUAGAAAGUUGGCGAGGAUGCCAUCGGACAAUUUCCUAGGAUUGGAACCAACUGGUAUGCCUUCUAACCCAUCAAUGCAGCUUCAUGAGAACAACCCCAUUGAAGAUUUUUUUCAUUCUGGGUCCAACAAUGGCAUGAGUCAGAUGAAUAUAAGAGGUUCAUCUAUGUAUCCUUGCAAAAGAGAGCUUAGCUGUGAAGAUGAUAUGCAGUAUCACCGCUCCACUGAUCAAAAUAAGAGGAUGAGGAACGAUGGCCAAUGGGACAAUAGAGCAUCAGGUAUUGACGUGUACUUCGACCAAAUGAACAGCGCACAAUAUAGUGUCAGAGCAAUGUAUGUUGAGAAAGAAGCACAAGUCAUGGAGGCCGAAAGGAAUCAGCAAGCCUUGAUGGGUGAAGUGCAGUGUCGGGAUAGGUUGAUUGAGAGCCUGAAGGAAGAGGUGCAAAAAAGAGAUGCGGCGAUUUAUAAGUUUAACCAUGACAUGCAUCUUAUGGGCGAUCUAUUAGAAGGUUACAGAAAUGCUCUUAAAGAUACACGAAAAUCUUUCUCUGAAUAUAGACAACGACACCCAGAGCCUGAAGAACCACUUUACAUGGAUGUUCCUGGAUCUGGUGGGCUUGUUGUUAGUGUAAUGGCGUAUGAAAAGAUGCAAUUGGAACGUGCAGAAGAAGAUAAGAUGAAGCGUUGGAUUAUUACAAAUCAGUUUGAGGAAUUUGAUCGUGAUUGGACUGAAAAGUUUGAAAUAAGUCUCACAAAGGUGCAUUUAAUAGAUGAAAGGUUGUCCAAGUUUAGCGAGGAUGUCAAACUACUAAAAGAAUUAGCUGUGCAGUGCAAGGUGGCAAAAUCCGUAUCUGAAGCGGUCAUUUUCAAGAAGGAAGAAGAGGAAGAAGAGGAGCUCAAGGUGUCAAAAUCAGAUUCUGAAGAAGUCGUUUUCAAGAAGGAAGAAGAGGAGUGCAAGGUGUCAAAAUCAGAUUCUGAAGCAGUCAUUUUCAAGAAGGAAGAAGAAGAGGAGAACCUCACUAGCACAACCAUGGAGUUGGAAGUCUGUGUGGAAGCAGCUGUUAGUGCUUCUGAUUUCCUUGGUGAUUGUCCUUCCAGUCAAAAGGUUCUUGAUGAAAAAUACCCAGACUCAUCUAUUGUUACCCCUUCUGAAUUUUCCUCAGUUGAAUCGAGGAUGUACGAAUGUUUUGAUACCUUUUUGAAAAGCAAGGAUGCUGCAGAUGGUUCAGAGCAGGCAUUGAUCUCUGAAUUGUCUUCAUUGAACGAACACCUAAAAGCUCUUGGACCUUAUGUCAAUGGAGAGAAAAUUUCUGCUGUUGAUUUGGGUUUGGCUUCUACGCUUUACCACCUUGAGGUUGCUCUUGGACAUUUUAAGAGCUGGAAGGUUCCAGAUAAUAUGACUCAUAUCAUAAACUACAUGAAGUUACUUUUCUCGCAGGGGUCAUUUGUUAAGACCCAGCCAACUGAUAUCAUCGCAGGAUUGGCACCAAUGGAACUUGCAGGGCCAGGUGAGGCUACUUCGAUGGAACAAAUCGUAGGGCCAGGGGAGGCUACUUUAAUGGAACAACUUGCAGGGCUAGGGGAGGCCACUUCAAUGGCAGGACCAGGGGAGGCUGCUUCAAUGGAACAACUUGCAGGGCCAGGGUUGGCUGCUUCAAUGGAACAAUUUUCAGGGCCAGGGGAGGCUGCUUCAGUGGAACAACUUUCAGGGCCAGGGUUGGCUGCUUCAAUGGAACAACGUUCAGGGCCAGGGGAGGCUACUUCAAUGGAACAAUAGGUGAUUAGCACUCACCAGCUCGGCGCCUAGAGAUGCUCUUAGAAGGCCCAUCAGUAUGUGCCUCUCAACUCAAGGCUGUUAUGAAGCUGACUUAACAACAACUGUGCAUGCUAUCAAUACUGAGUAUUGACUUUUGUGGAAAAUCAUUAUGGAAAUAUUUCACUUUUGUUGUCGGAGUAUGGGAAUGUAAAUAUGCUAGCUUAGUUGCAAAUGCUUGGCAAAGAAAACUAGAAGGCGUAGAGUUAGCUACGAAAACUAGAUGACGUAAAACUAGCUGUGAAAAUUAGAUAUCCUCGCUAAUGAUAUUACCGGUCUUUUGUGAAUGAGUAUGGUAUGGGUGUAAAUGUUUCUCAAUCUGAAUUCUAUCUUGGUUCUGUAUUUAAAAGAAGAAAAGUUUCAGCGCUUUGUGAAUGUAUGAAAUUUGAUGCUGUUUGUUUA